AUCCGUAAUCACGUAAUCACGCCCAGCAUCCAGAACGUUCCUCCGGUCUGGACCCCACACGCCAUGGACACGAGGCACCCCACACCACACCACGCGUUUCGUCUCACCCGGGAUUUUUUUUUUCCUUCACUCCAAGCAGUAAAUCAGUAACAAAUGGGCAGUAAAUCCCUUCUAUAAAUGGGGACCCCCAAGGAGGCGCAGCUUCUCAUCGCCUCGUCUCACGUUUGAUCCAUCACACUCACACAACACAACCCUCCCCAAAACCUCCCGAAGAGAGCAAGAUGUUCGGCUUCGGGCACCACGGCCACCAUGGCCAAGACCAGCCGCCCCAGCACCACGGCGGCGGCGGCGGCGGCGCGCACCAGCCCACCUUCAAGAUCUUCUGCCGCGCCGACGAGGGGUACUGCGUCGCCGUGCGCGAGGGGAACGUCGUCCUCGCCCCGACCAACCCGCGCGACGAGCACCAGCACUGGUACAAGGACAUGCGCUUCAGCGCCAAGAUCAAGGACGAGGAGGGCAACCCGGCGUUCGCGCUCGUCAACAAGGCCACCGGCCUCGCCAUCAAGCACUCCCUCGGCCAGGGCCACCCGGUGAAGCUGGCGCCGUUCAACCCGGAGUACCCGGACGAGUCGGUGCUGUGGACGGAGAGCGGCGACGUGGGCAAGAGCUUCCGCUGCAUCCGCAUGCUGAACAACAUCCGCCUCAACUUCGACGCGUUCCACGGCGACAAGGACCACGGCGGCGUGCACGACGGCACCACCAUCGUGCUCUGGGAGUGGGCCAAGGGCGACAACCAGUGCUGGAAGAUCCUCCCCUGGGGCGACGAGGCCUACGCCGGCGGCAGCGCCAACGCACCCCGCGGCGGCAACGAGCCCACCGUCCGCAUCUUCUGCAAGGCCGACGAGGGCUUCAGCGUCACCGUCCGCGGCGGCUCCGUCUGCCUCGCCCCCACCAACCCUCGCGACGAGUACCAGCACUGGAUCAAGGACAUGAGGCACAGCAACAGCAUCAAGGACGAGGAAGGCUACCCCGCCUUCGCCCUCGUCAACAGGGUCACCGGCGAGGCCAUCAAGCACUCCCAAGGCGAAGGCCACCCUGUGAAGCUGGUGCCGUACAACCCCGGAUACCAGGACGAGUCGGUGCUGUGGACGGAGAGCCGCGACGUCGGGCACGGCUUCCGCUGCAUCCGCAUGGUGAACAACAUCUACCUCAACUUCGACGCCCUCCACGGCGACAAGGACCACGGCGGCGUCCGCGACGGCACCACCGUCGCGCUCUGGAAGUGGUGCGAGGGCGACAACCAGCGCUGGAAGAUCGUCCCCUGGUAAAUGCGGUGUGCUGGAGCUGCAUUGGUCGUCGCCGUGAUCUGUGGAGUUGGGAGAGUUUGCGCCCGUGGCCUGCUGCCCUCUGCCUUUGUUGCUAGAAUAAAAGUCGUGUGCGAUGAUCAGUGGUGAUGGUCUUGUGUCUGUGUCCGUGUGUAAUGCUUUUAGUCGUUUUCUCGAGUCCUGCUUUUGUGACAAAAUGGGGGUGAGAGGAGAGGUGUCGUUUCCGUGAACUAUCUCGAAGGCGUUUGGCCUUGCAGCUUGUUCUUCAGAUGUUCGGAGUUUCAGACCUUUUGAUGAGUACCCUGCUUUAUCAUUUAUCAGCCAUGUGUCUAGUUCGAUCAAUAUGCAUCCUUUGAAGUGGCA